AUGGCCAGAUAUUUUGAAAAUACUACAGUAUUUAACUUUAGUUGGGACCAGGUCGCUCGGGGAUACUGGAGUAGGUAUCCAAAUCCACUAAGCACUCAUGUCCUAUCAGAAGACACUUGCAGCAGGGAAGUGAAAGAUGGCUGUUUGUACUCAAAGAGGCUGUUAACUAAAACUAACAGAGUACCAAAAUGGGGUGAAAGAUUUUUCAAUGCCAAGUCAGUGAAGAUCAUUGAAGAGAGUAUAGUUGAUCCUGAAAAGAAGAUAUUGGUCACGUAUACAAGAAAUCUCGGCUACACGAAAGUUAUGAGUGUAGUGGAGCGGGUCGAGUACCGACCGUCGGGUCCGGGGCAGACGGUAGCGAGGCGUUCCGCGUGGAUUGACUCGCAAGUGUUCGGUUUCUCACGCGCCAUCAGAGCAUUCGGUGUCGAUCGCUUCAGGAAGAAUUGUUCGCAAAUGGUAAACGGCUUUAAUCACGUCCUGCACAGUAUGUUUCCAAGACAAGUACCUUCACACACCAUGACGCCCAUCACUACUCUUAAGGAGAUGAGGGAUGCUGCAGCUGCAGCCACAGACCGGGCUAAGGCUAACGUCCUCUCAUCUGUGAAUAGAAGC